CACACCACUGGCAUCAUCCACACGAUAGUGCUUGUGUUUCUUUUUCAUCGUCGGGUCUUUCUCUGAGUGUCGUCGAGAAGUAAGCGAUGCGUCUUAUUGUAGUGGCAGCGUGCUGUCUGGUCUCGUGCUGUGCGGCGGUCUGGCCCCCACCCAAGGCUCCAGAUAGAGGUGGACCGGUCAGAGAAGCCAACGCGCCCAAGUUCAGCAAAGAAUUGUCAAAUGUAAAGAGCUCGCCCUUCCAAGGAAAAUCGAUCGGUGACGAAGCCAGCUAUUCCAUUCCCCUCGGAAGCAGCAAGAACAAAGGAAAAGAGAACUCUGCGGAUACUGCUGCAACAAAGAACGGCAACUCGUCGAUAGGAAGUAUUUCGGAGAUGUUAGGGAAGGUUGACUUAAGUAAACUAGACUUAAAUAAGGUCAAACCUGCGAACUUAAACAUGAUGGGAAUGCAAGGGGGUUCAAACAACCGAAGAUCCCCCUCCCGGAACGAGGAGGAAUCGCCGGAUGAGCCUACAUGGGACAGAAACAGUCCAUACCAGAUUGCCGCAGAUCGGGGAGGGUCGGAUGUCAACAGCAGGUCCCAGUACCAGAAUCCAGGGAUUUCGAAAAAGGGAAUCGCAUCCAUUAAUGUCCAGCCACGGCCCCCGGGCUCAGGGAAAGCGGCCAACAACGUUGGAGUUGGUAAACCCGGAGCACCCCAGAAGAAAGCGGGUAGUUUUUCUCCAACGACUCCCCCGUUAAAGAGCUCGAAUCAAGGGAAGAAACAACAGCAGAGCCCCAAGAAGUCGGGCUGAUCAGCCGGCCAAUGCUCCAUCCGAAUCGCUUUGAAUGUCCGUGAGGCGCCGGAUCAUUAGAUACAUACAGUGACCCCCCUCCCCUCCUUUAUCUGCCAUGUCACUCCAAAAUCAGAGUUCACCUUUGACCCGCAAUUGUUCUUACGUACUUACCGUUUGCAUCCCUUCUCCAUGGCCAGCUACUCUGGUUUCCUGCUGGCGCAGUUAUGAUGUGGUCUUUGUAAGAAAUAAGAAAAAUCUCCCUGUAACAAUUAUCUCAUUUCCACACAUUCCAUUUUCAUAUUUGUAGUUCCUUUUCAGGGUCCAUGGCUUAAGACUACAUCUUCUCAUACAGUCUAAACUCCUGUUCCCUUGACUUGCACAAAAAGAGAUAUACACCAUUGUAAAUGAAUAAAGAAGUAAUGCAACUGUUAAAAUGUAUCACAGAGCGAUGGUAAGUCUAUCACUAACUGAAGUGAUUUUAAUAAACAUGAUGAAGAACAA